CUAAUCAGCUGCCGGGCGAACCACUGGUUCAUUUUGAAGCUUCCUAUUCUUGCGGCGGAUUUCAAUUCGCAGGAAAAGGGGAAACCACGCAAUAAAAUGUCGUACUCUUAGCUGCAAGGCAACUGUCUUCAAAUAAAUUAAACUGCUUAACGCGGUCCGUUCGAUAUUCUCUAAAUAUUCUAUUCUAAGCUGAACAGCACUGCGCACAUUAAAUCGGAGUUCAGUUUUAAUAAACUCUCGAUAAUGGAACCUUGGCUGGCCAAAUCAUUUAAGAAGGUCAGGGAGGAGGAGGACUUUGCCGACUGCAGUGUGAUUGUCGGGUCGCGCUCCUUCCGGUGCCACAAAGUGAUACUGGGUGUGGCUUCGGAUUUCUUCAAGCGCGCCUUCCAGCCGGGCUUCGCUGAGGGCGAAAAAGGAGAGGUGACCAUCACCAAUGUCACUGGCGACGUUUUCGAAAAGUUCCUGGAGUAUGUAUACAGCUACGAGGUGAAGGGUUUCGACAGCUACAGCAACCCGGACAUCAUCAAGCUGAAGGAGUGCGCCAAUAUGUGGAUGGUGGAACCGCUAAAGCAGAAAUGCGACGAGAUCAUCAGGAGGAGGAUCCCCAACAUGCUGUGCGCGGACUUGCUACUGUACUUUGAGCAUGCGCACCACGUCAACGACCCCAAACUAGCCACCGACAUUUCCUUUUAUCUAAGACAGAAGAUUAUUGGAACAAUCCCUGACACGCUUUACGAACUGGGCUCAGAUGUGUUCAGGGAGUUCUUGAACACCAUAAAGGGCUGUUUGUCAGAAAGAAGGCGUUACGACAUAAUAGAGAAGUAUGUGGUCAUUCACGGGUUUGUGCUCAAUCAAAGUGAUCUCAUGAAAUGGCAGUUCCACGGACUCGCCACUCAAGCAGAAAGAACACCAGGCUCUUCAUGCCUUAACGACACCAAACCGUUCGACUAUGCGAACCCAAAUCCGUUCAAGAUCGAAAACCUAAACUUUGCUGGCACAAACUCUAUACCCUUGGACCCCAGGUCAAAGAAGAUCAAUAGCGAGUAUGUCCACGACGUUUUGAGAUUGAUAGACUAUACAAAAAUGACUGCUGUAGAGUUCUUUGAGGGCCCUGGAAAAUCCAAAAUGAUGACGUUUGAGGACAAGUUCAAUUUCAUGUACAAAAUAGCUUGUUCAAAGGGCUCCAGGUAGUAAAUUGAAACAAGAAAUUGUACAUUUGAUUUUUGAUUUUUAAUACACAAUUUGUCCAAACACUUAAAUGGGAGUUUCUUCAUUAAUAAGAAAUAAUGUGCUAUCAUUUCAA